CGCCAAGACUUCACCCGAAUCAAACCCCGCAUCUUCUCUCUUCUCCUCUCUCUCUCUCUCUCUCUCUGCGUUAUCUUCUCUUCUGGUUUUAGCUUCUUCUGUUUCUUUGUUCUGUUUGUCGAUGGAACGUACAUGAUAUAUAACCUUCAGUUUCUUCUUCAUGAGAAAACGAAAUGCUAUUAACGAAAUCAAAAUAAGAACAACAGAUGCUAUCUAUGCUGCCUCUGAUUCUCCUUAAGUAGGUUUCUGAUCUUCAGAUAUGAAAAAGAAGGUAGAUUCAUCUUCUCCUGUUGGAGUUCUUGAGGACUACUUUAAGAGCUCAGAAUCGGAAACAUGUUCCUCGAAAGAACUAGCUAUAGUCUCCAAAAACUCAAAACCCGUUUCAGGCUGGCGUGGAUUUGUCCAGUUAUUAAGAAAUAGAUCCAAGAAAUCAUUAGACACAUUGCAUCCUCUCAGUGUCACCAAGCUCUCAAGAAGAAUGAGUGGUAGUAUGAGGGAGGCCAUGUCCAUGGUGCCUUUUUUUCGUGUCCAUCCCGAUUUGACUUAUACCAAUUUACCAUGGAAGAAUUUCAGCUUGUAUGAGCUACAAACUGCUACCAAUUAUUUCAGCCACGAGAAUCUGAUUGGAAAGGGUGGUUAUGCUGAAGUUUACAAGGGGUGUUUACGAGAUGGGCAGCUGGUAGCAAUCAAACGUCUGACAAAAGGGAAAGCCGACGAAAUUGUAGCGGACUUCUUAUCAGAGCUUGGAGUAAUGGCACAUGUGAACCAUCCAAAUACUGCUAAGUUAAUUGGUUAUGGGGUUGAAGGAGGAAUGCACCUCGUUCUUGAACUAUCUCCACAUGGGAGCUUAGCUUCCCUGCUUUAUGGUUCAAAAGAGAAGCUGGAAUGGGGUAUUAGAUAUAAGAUUGCACUAGGGACAGCUAAGGGUUUACUUUAUCUUCAUGAGGGUUGUCAGAGAAGAAUUAUCCACAGAGACAUUAAGGCUUCAAACAUUUUGCUUACAGGGGACUUUGAGCCUCAGAUUUGUGAUUUUGGACUUGCAAAAUGGCUGCCAGAGCAGUGGACUCACCAUAUCGUAUCAAAAUUUGAAGGCACAUUUGGGUAUCUUGCUCCCGAGUACUUACUGCAUGGCAUAGUUGAUGAAAAGACUGAUGUUUUUGCCUUUGGUGUGCUGCUAUUGGAAAUAGUCACUGGACGCCGAGCACUAGAUUACUCCCAGCAAAGCCUUGUUUUAUGGGCAAAACCUUUGAUUAAGAAGAACCACAUCAACGAGCUCAUUGAUCCUUCUCUUGGUGAUAACUACAACUCUCCUCAGAUAAAUCUUGUGCUCUUGGUUGCUUCUUUAUGCAUUCAACAGUCCUCAAUUCGACGGCCCUGUAUGAGCCAGGUUCUGCAGCUUCUGAGUGGCGACCUUAGCUGCUUGAAAUGCAUGAGAAAGAGCCGAACCGAAUUCUUCCGAAAAGCAUUCCAUGAAGAGUUCAUCAAUGCAGAAGAGUGCUACGCAACCAAGAUUUAGUUAGCAUUAAACAUCAUCAUUGGUGGAUCAGAUAUGGAAUUCCCAGCAACGAUGAUCGUAUCUCAUCAUUCAUCUUUUAUGCUGUUGAUGAAUGAAACAAAGCUUUGGUUCAUCUUGCCCCAUCAACCAUAUAGUAUGUUGGACCCAGAAGAAAAGAAUAAUUAUAUGCUUCUGUUGGAGAUGGAAGAAAGGAAUGUUUAUGCUUUUUAACCUGUGUACUUAGUUAAAAAACAAAUGGAAUGAAUGACAUUGGUUUUAAACCUAAGUGCACAAAAAGAAUAUAGGAAACGAAGCUUGAAAAUGUCAAAUUAGCUUUCAUUGUAGAGAAUACGCUGUACAGUUUAAUUUACAUGGAUCAAGUUAAA